UAUAGUCUCUUAGAUCUUUUAAACAAUUAGAAAAGAACAAGAGAGUGCUUCUGUCUUGUGAGUUUAAGUGUUGCUGCAAACUUUUUGCCUCCGCCUCUUCGUCUGGACAUCUAGGCAGAAGCUCGAUAUUAAAUCUUGCAACUAUAGCACAACCACACACACCUCAAUUAUGGAUUCUAUCUCCCUAUACAGCUUCAGCAGCUUCGGCUGGCUGGCACUGCAGUCAAUUCCUCUGGCACUCUGGCCGACAUUUGUCAUCUCUCUCCUCACUCCGGACUUCCGGCAUGCAAGUGCCGUGGAUCAGCACCUUGCCCGCUCGUUGGGGUUCUCGCAGCUGACCAUUGGCGUUCUUCUCGUCGUCCUAACCGGGUCUCUGCCACUUACAUCUCUGGUUGAGACUCCCUCCGGCAACAUCACGCCCUUCUCCAAUGCCGCCAUACUCGUCUCCACGCUCUACCACGGGGCGUAUGCAUUUUCCACCUAUGUCCAGUACAACUCCACCGGGCAGAUGGGCUACCUUGUCGGGGCUGUUGGGUACAGCAUCUUCGGCUCGUUCGGGCUGUGGUGCCUCAUGUUUGGCGGCGACAAGGGCCAUAUCAGCAAAAGGACGGGGGCAGACAAAAGAACCAGCGGGUUCCCGUUCAAGAACGCCGAGGCUGACAAGAGGCGGCCGAAGGAGCUUUGAGCCGAUGGUCUGCUUCGAGGGGACGGCCGAUGCUGAUGAGGAGUGGUCCUCGCAGUCAUCACAACGUCAUGUACGGUUAGGCGCAAGCUUGAGGCGUAUGGCAUGCAUAGACGCGGUGAUUGCCGC